AGGCGCCGGGGGCCCUGCAGCGCCGCCGUUGUUGAGAGCUGGUGAAAAGCUCCGUGAACUUGCCCCUGGUUGACAAGAUUAAAAAAACCUUGCUCACUUCUCUAUAGCUUUGCACUAGCAGGAGUACAGGGUAGUAGAAGCUUAUUUUUUGUCCCUAACGUAAGGCACGGGGAACGGAUGUGUUCAGCAAGAAGUGCCAUAUUCACAUGUUAACCCUUUAAAAUAAAAUGAUUAGCACCAAAAGCAAUUUAAGUGCUAAUUUUAUAUGUAGACAAUGCACAAGAGGAAAACACUGUCUUUCUAUGAAAAUAAAUGUCUUCAUGUUGCAGGUCACUGGGAGAGAGGGCUGAAGAAUAAUGGCUACCUUCAACAAACUGAUUAUUGGCACUGCUGUUACCAGUUUUACCAUAUUUCAGCUUCUGUUCCAUGUUCUAAGUUCUUGGGCAUCAACAAGAAUAACUCCUGCUUUUAAUAAUCUCAACCAAAAAAGGAAGAUUGAAUGGAAUUCAAGGACAGUAUCCACCUUCCAUGCCUUGGUGGUUGGUGCUUUUUGUGUAUAUAUCUUGUUGUAUGAUGAAGCUGUUAAUGCUGACCAUGUCUGGGGUGACCCUUCAAUUGUGAAACUGAAUAUUGCUAUUACCACAGGCUACCUCAUUUCUGAUUUGUUUCUUAUUACUUACUACUGGAAGGCAAUUGGUGAUAAAUUUUUUGUAAUUCAUCACUUGGCAGCUCUGUAUGCCUACUACUUUGUACUGGGGGAAGGAAUGUUGGCAUAUUUUGGUAACUUUCGUCUGCUUGCAGAGUUCUCUACUCCUUUUGUGAAUCAGCGGUGGUUCUUUGAAGUGCUGGGGUACCCCAAAUCUUCAAAAGCCAACAUCAUCAAUGGGGUGCUGAUGACGAUUGUGUUCUUCAUGGUGAGGAUUGUAGUCAUGCCUGUUUAUUAUGCCGACGUCAUUUCUGUGUUUGGAACAGAGGCUUUCCACAGAGUAGGAAUUGCAGCCCAAAGCGCCUGGAUUAUCUCUAGUGUUGUCUUGGAUGUGAUGAACUUGAUGUGGAUGGUCAAAAUUACAAAGGGAUGCUACAAAGUUAUCUGUCUCAUUGGACAAAAGGAAGUCAAAAUACGUAAGAAUGGAAAAUCUGACUAGAAAUCAUAUAUGUAAAACUGAACGUCUCUAUAAAGAUCAUUUGGGUUCAUUGAAACAAUGCACACUUUUGCCACAAAAUGCUCCUCUAAGGAAACAAGGUAUUGCCUCUUUAUUGAUCUUAACCUUUCUCUUGCCACACUGCCUGCAUGCCCAGGGUCACUUCAUUUAAAGACAAUCCCACUCUAUGGAAUGGGAAACAAUGGCAUAUGACAUACCGUAUGUAUAGGUUCAUACAAAUGAGUCUAGCUGUGUGUUCCAAGCACUUAACUGACAAAUGAACUUCAAAAGGAACAGACUGAUUAGUUGGUGGUCUUCUAUCAGUAUGUUCCUAAAAUGUUUUCACUCAGGUUUCUCAAUGUGUUUUUUAAAGCCUGUGAAUGUUAGGAUCUUUUGUUGUAAGUUAUGCAGAUAUGGCAAGUUUCCUGCCAUGUUUCUGUGCUUUCUCUUAUUAGUAUUUGAUGUUAACAAUCAAGAUUUCAUCCUUGACAACUUUUUAUUUUUUUGCAACAAAGGCUAAGAAUUUAGCUUUGAUGCUAUGAAAUAUUUUACUGACUUUCUGCUGCCUUAUAUGCAUGAACACAAUCUUUUGGGGGAUUUAUGAAACAGUUUUACAGAUACUGGUAUAAUGUAUUGUUUUAUCUUUUAAAAAAUCUUUUAUGUGGAGGGAUGACUGUGCUGCUGUGCUAAUGUACUUCUAGUAGUAUUACUGUUAAAUCUGAUCAGAAUUCUGUCACAAGUUAACAUGGUAAACAGUGUGUGCAAACAAACUCAUUCUUACUAUAGUGCUCUCUCCCUGUGAAGGCUGCUGCUGCUACUACUUUUGAAAAGUAUUGCAACUCUGCUUCUAAAUGUAUUAUUAUUAUUAUUUAACCAAGAGACUUCUAGGGUGUAAACAACUUAAGUAUAGGAGACUAAAUACUUUUGUAUAUGUGGCUAUGUCACAGUAACCCUCUCCCCUCCAGAGCCAUCUUCUUAGUAUGAAAAUGCUCAUAUUCUGCUCAAAUGCUUAUAUAAAUAUGUAUUUGUCAUAUUUUUCUUGUUAUUCAUAUGGCUGGAAAUCUGAGGUGCUGGCCAAAGAAAGCCCAUCUUGUAAGCAAGAAGACUUAUCAGUGGACCCAACAGAGAAUAGUUUCCUUUAUUCUCUUCAAAACUGUUGAGAAGACCUAUAGAGUGGGUCACAGAAGCAGCUAACAUCAUCAGGGACAACAUUCUGUUUUUGGAUCCACAUAGUCCUUGGCAGAUAUUCUGCUUUCUCUUCAAGCAUAGAACUUCCAGUGAUGUCUGUGGGAGAUGGGGGAAAUUAGAGCAUGUGGAAAGAUCAGAAUAUGAAAGAGAUGCCAACCUGAGAGAAUUGUUUCCUCCCAUAUAACUGUUGUGGAGCCGCUAGGUGUGUUUGUGGUGGUUUUGUUUUUUGUUUUGUUGUUUGUUGGAACAAUGCUUUCUUAACUUGAUUUGUCAUCACUAGCGGUUUGUGACACCAUCUGCUAGUAUGUGCUGCUGAAACUGCUUUUUCACACAUUAGUGUGGUGCUAUUACAUAAAAACAUUGUAGCAAACUACUCAAGCAACUUAUUUUGUUUUUGUUUCUUAACAUUUGUCAAAUUCUUGCCCUGUUGGGAUAUGUUUUUGUGCUGUUCUCUUUAGCAACACCCCUCAAAGUGAAAUCUUCUUUCCUCUAAACAAAUGCAGGUGUCUGGCUAUUAGUUAGUGUGGGCUGGAAGGGAGAGCUGUAAAACAAACAAAAAAUUUCCAGGAACUAGCUGUCCCUUUAUGAUUUACUGAGGGCUUGUCUACACUUACAGCUUUGCUGUAGCACUUAGUGAAGACUGCCUACAGCGAUGGAACAGCUUCUCCUGUUGGCAGAGGUACUCAACCUCCCCAAGAGGUAGUAGCUAUAUCAAUAGGAGAAGCCUUCCUGUUGACAUAGCACUGUCUACACUGGAGGCUAGGUCGGUAUAACUACAUCGCUCGGGGUGUGGAUUUUCCACACUCCUGAGUGCUGCAGUAAUAUUGACAUAAGUUUGUCGUGUAAAUCAGGGUUAUGCCUCCUUAGGUCACCAAGAAGACUCCACAAACUGCUAGCAAAGGUCUUUUACAUUGUCUGGCAGUAUAGCCAAGUCAGUUGUGGCUAAAGCAGCUCAGUUCUCCUCUUUGAAGAGUACAGUAGAGCAUUAUAUGGGCUGAUUUAAUACUCACGUUUACAGGUGUAGUUACAUUAUUUAACUAACAGUAAUUUUUUUCAGUACUAUCUCUUUAUUUUUCAACAGGUGGGAGGCAAAGAUUGCUAAUGCAUUCUGUUCCUUACACUAUAUUCUUGGCAGUCCUGUUGCCUUAUUAUGUUAGAUGAGUUGUUCAGUCCUAGAAAGCAUAGUAACUGAAGUGAGUCUUUUGUUUUCUUUAAUUGUCAUUCUUGAAUUAGCACAGUGCCUUGUCUUUGGUACCAAUAAAUUCAUAUUAUCAGUCAA